GGCCUGACGAGAAAUUGGGCCAGAGUCCAACCGUCUAUGGUUUGGAGGGUUGCCUUUCCCGCCAUCCACCAUUCCUCUCAACGAGCAAAUCUAGGGCACAUUCUUUCCGCUCCUCAUCACUUCCAAUCAAAGUUCCUGGGGCGUUUAAUUUUACGGAGGAGCUGAGAAAACGAUUGCGCGAUGUCUGGAAGAAAAGAAACUGUUCUGGAUUUGGCUAAGUUUGUAGACAAAGGCGUCCAAGUGAAGCUUACUGGCGGCAGACAAGUUACUGGAACGCUCAAAGGAUAUGAUCAAUUGCUAAACCUUGUGCUGGAUGAAGCUGUAGAGUUUUUAAGAGAUCCUGAUGAUCCAUUGAAGACAACAGAUCAAACCAGGCCUCUUGGCCUAAUUGUGUGCAGGGGGACUGCUGUAAUGCUGGUGUCUCCAGUUGAUGGAACAGACGAGAUUGCUAACCCUUUCAUCCAACCCGAUGGUGCAUAGAUUUAACUUCUUUUUCUUUUUUUUUUUUCUUUUUCUUUGUUCAACUCUAAUUUCCCUAUUUUGUAUUUGAAUAUAUUAAGUUUCGGUAUUUACUUUGUGAUUCCUCGCUCCCUCUCUCUCUAUCAAACCAUUAAGUUUCAAUCCUCCGACAUAGAUGGAGCACUUGUCCAUGUGAAGUAAAAUGGUGAAAUUUUUGUUAUGCUUUCGA